AAGACAUGAACAGCACUGCACCUUUUACUACGAUUUCAGGCCAGAGGUUGCCAGACAAUAGCAGUUCAUCCAAUGUCACUUCUGUGUCAUCCACACAAUCUGCAGCAACAUCUGCUGGAGGUGUGUCCACCAGUACUACUCAUCUGACCAGUACCACUCAGCCCACCAUCACCAAUAUGUCUGUCAGCUCGACGACUCAGCCCACCAAAACCAGCCAGACAAUAAGAUCCACCACAGCUUCAUCAGUCACAUCAUCACAACUCUAUACUACAGUGGUGACCACUUCCAAGAUUUCUUCCACUUCUGUAACGGCCACAUCAAAAUCUGAGGCUGUCGUAGCCAAAACCUCCAGGUUCGAUGUGGGCAGUUUUGUCGGUGGCAUUGUGCUGACUCUUGGAGUCCUAGUCAUUCUCUACAUCGGAUGCAAAACCUAUCACUCUAGAAGAGGCAUUCAGUACAGAACCAUUGAUGAACAUGAUGCCAUCAUUUAAAGAGACUUCAGGGAAGACAGCAUUGGAAACCCACCCUGUCACAGCUGUUGUAACUUGCUUCUGAAAGAGUUUCUUUCAUAAAGAUGAUCACAGUCUCUAAACCCGUGGGUGUUACCCUGCAAAAUGUUGAGAACUUUUUUAAACAUCCUGAUUUUUUACAUUGGCUUUCAUAAAAGUAAGAGGAACUCAGCACUUUGUAGAGACAGUAUUUUCUUAUUCCAGUAUUUGUAGCCAGAUUUAACAAAAUCACAUAUUGAGUCAUUUUAAGGUACACACACAGGUCUCUGAAAUAGCUAAUUACUGGCACAGGUGAUUACAUCAUUGCAAUUCUAAGUAAGUUCAGGUGGGUUUUUUUCUAAAAUUUUGUAUUAAAUUGUAUUUAUUUUGAAGUUUGAUGUGAACUUUAGUUUAGAAAUUUUGGAUUUUGAACAACUCAGUUAAUUUUUAAUAGAGUAUAAAGGGGGGUGUUUAGCUAACUGUAUAGAAGGUGUGAUGAGUACUUUAAGUGUCAGUCAUUAGCUCGCCGGUGACUUGCAGAUACUUUCCUUAAUAGGCUGUACAAUGAGACAAGCUGCAGGAAGCAUGGACAGACUGGAGAUAGCCAUCCAUGACUGUUUUCUCUAAAAGCUGCUUUUUUCUAGCAUGUCCUAAUGAAGCUUGUGCAAUUGAAGAUAAAAUAAGAAUGCAAAAAAGUAAUUGUGCCAUCAUAAAUUAAAAAAAAAUACAAAAAUUGCUUCUCAAAAUUGGCUUUUAAGUUGAAUGUAGCAAUCACUUGGCUCUUGAUCUUUAUUAUUACAAAACUGUAUGCAGUGUUUUAGUAGCAUUUGAUAAUCACUGAAACUUACAUACAGAAGGAGAAAACUAUAAUAUAGCAUUUUAGAAAAUUAUAAACUGCAUUUUUAAAACUGCAUUUAGAACUUGGUACUGCUGGCACAUGUGUACAGAGAUCUGGUCAAAAGUCCAACUGAAGAUAAUGGGCCAUCUCUCAGAAGACCUUUAGAUUAAGGCCCAAAUGCACUGGGGGUCCUGUGCAGGAUGGCUGGUGCUGCUUCCACAUCACUUCUGCAGUCACACUGAGGUAAAUCCUCUGACUUCAGUAGGUGGGCUCCUGAUUUACACUGGUGUAAGGAAAACUAGAACAAGGACCAGGAAGCACAGACUUGCAUUUCCUUAUGUCACUGAGUAAUUGUUCAGUCUUUCUCAGGCUCCACUUGUAGACCCCUUCCUGGUGAAAGGGUUGGUGUGGUGGGGUUUGACCGUCCUGGUUGCUAGCACUAGUCCCUCAUGCAGGGCACAGAGGGGAGGUGGUGACAGGUGAGGAAGGUCACAAUGGGAACUGCAUCUAAGUCUGUCAUGGGGCUGGGGAACAGUGCAUCAGGGGAAAUAUGAGUACAUCUCUGGAAUAGGUUAAUUUUUUUGUUAAGCAGUAGUUUAUUCUGACAUGCAAUGUUAAAGUGGCCAUAUGGAUAUUUUUUUCCUUUUUUACUACUCCAUCUGAAAAACCAUGGCUAAUGAGUCAUCUCACUAGCACCAGCUACACACCUGAAAAAGGGCGUACAGGGCUGUUUCAUUUUUUUACCAAGAUUGAGGUACAGGGGGAGAGAAAGAGUGAUUUGAAGUAACUUUUGUAGUUUUUAUUAAUUGUGGUGUUUGGAAAAUUACUGGAUUUGACUUGAAGAGUUAGAGAAAAAUUCUUUCACAGAACUGUAAUUUCUUACUUUGUAGAAAUUAAGACAAUUAAGUGCAACUCAAUUACUGGGAUUGUCUCACCUCUGUUAUACAGACGAAUAAAUAAAAUUAAAUCUUUGCAAUUGCUACAUCAAUUUCAGUUG